GAGAGUUCUUUUGUGGUGCUUUACAGUGACAACAGUGAAAGCUUUAGGAAUGAGGAUGGGAAGUAACAGGCCGUCUCCAUUUCAGGUAGAAAAACUGAAACAGGAAGUGGGCAAAAGAAACAGCUGGCAGAGAAAGGCGAGAGACAAAUUUGUGGACUUGAAGAGGAUGAAGGACUUGGAGCGACAGGUGAAGGAGCUGGAACAAAUACUCAGGAGCAGAAACCCAAAUUCGCUGCCUGCUUUGAUUUAUGCUGCAGCCACAUCUGCCAGCUACGAGGACGUGGACGCCGGCAAAAUGUCCUCUUCCAGCCGGAUCACUGCUCUGCUGGAGCGAAGGAUCCAACGUCUGGAGGCCGAGCUGGAGAAUCACGAUGAGGAAGCCAAACGCAGCCUCCAGGUUAUGGAGCAGCAGUUUCACAGAGUCAAGCUCCGCUACGAGCAGCAGAUCUGUGAGCUGGAGCAGCAGCUGCAGCGUGAGCAGCAGCUUGAAGCAGCAGCUGGGUCCCAGUCAUCAGUAGUCCAGGCUCUGGAGGAAGAGCUGUACCGUGUGAAGCAGAGCCACAAACAGAAGGAGAAAUCUCUGCAUGAGCAGAUCGAGUCUCUCCAGCAGCAGCUUAAACAGAAGGCCCUGCUGAGUCCCGGCCGGCACCAGCGCCAAGCCGAGGCAGCAUUUGGUGUGCGGCUUGAGCGGCUGAAUCAAGAGCUCGCUAAAAAGACACGGACCAUUCAGGAACUGAAGAAGGAACGGAGGAACAUGCCGUCUGUCCCCAACACACGAGCAGAAAGACGAUCCACUGAGAGCAAACACCAACAACCAGGUCUCCUCACUGCAGGAGGAGAAACAUUCCCAGCUGCUCCGUGUGAGAAGACCUAUCAGCCCACCGUAUUCACAGGGAGUCAUAUCUCUGAGGUUCUGCAGGAGAACGAAGCUUUAAAAAAGCAGGUGGAGCUUGUGCUCCUGCAGAGCGAGCAGGAGAAGGAAGCUCUGAAGGCUGAUGCUGCACAGGCCAAGCAGCAGCUGUGCAGGCUGACAGAGGAGUUUGAAGAGCAGCUAUCCACUACGAAGGCAGAACACUUUAGAGUGUUGGACCACCUGCGGGCCACCCAUGCACUCGAACACUCAGACUCUAAGGUUGCAGAACUGACUAAUAAGCUGAGCACUCAAGAGAUAAUGAUGAAUCAUCUGGACAAGCAGCUGAAAGAAACGCAGGGGUGCAAAGAAGCACUGAAAAUAUCCAGGAGGAGAGAGGAUGCUCUGCAGACGCAGCUAACCAAACUGCUGCAGGAGCUGAAGGAAGCUAAAGAAGCUUCAAGCUCAGAGGUGAAACUCCUGUGCACCUUGGAGAGGAAGAUACUGAACAUGGAGCUCAGACACCAGCACAGAGAGAAGGAGCUGCAGCAGGUGCUUGGGGGGGCGUGGCAGACGCCAGGUGAUGAUUUGCAGUCUGAGCUGGAGCACUGGAGACGUCUGGCUCAGGACAAGAGCAGGGAGAUGGAUGCUUUCCGCCUUGAGCUCGACUCCAUCCUGGACAUCCUGAGACAUCUGCAACGACAGGGAGCGGUUCUGCCGACUCCUGAGCUCGCCAUUCCACAGAGGAGUUAAUACAACGUUUGAAAGCUGAGACUGUGAAUGCUGCACUGAUUCCAUGCCAGUGUGUCAGCAAUAGAAGUUUCUACUUUUUAUUUAAAUAACUAUUUUUAUAUUUUUCAUGUUAAUGGUUUAUCAGUAUUGCACCAAAGACCUGCAGAGACUGGCUUACCAUCCCUGCCUCCACAGAGGAAACAGUCGUGUGAAAUAAAGAAACCUCUUGAACAUCA